GAUAUAUCAAAGAAACCAAAAACCAAAAUAAACGAAAUAGCGAAAAUGAGCGAAAAUGUGAUUGCUGCCCCGCUUAGUCGAAUCCCAGGCACCAGCCAGUUAAAGGAACAGCACAGCAAGGAUCUGAAGACCCUUUCCUACGUGCAGCUAUUGGAAAUCAAGGACAGACAGUCGCAUUUCCUCUUAAACAAAAAGAGGCUGCUGCACUUGCCGGACAAGGGAAAGCGCCUCCAGGAAUCAUACGACAAACUGCUGGAGGAGAUCAGGCGACGAGAUGAAGUGGAGGAGGCAACUCGAAUGCUCAGCGGUCUUAACAUUGUGGAGAAGGGAAAGAUCGCCCUAAAUAAUCUGGAAUGGAAUGGCAGGAGCACGGACGAAGGCGCUCAUGUGGAUGACAUACUGGACAGCGAUGACGAGGUGGAGAUGGAUCCCCUGAAGAUCAUAGCCCAGGGAACAAUGCACGAGAAGCAGGUCAAGGUGAUUCCCCCACCGGCGAGUCUCAUUACGGCCGAGGAUCUGGCGGAGAUUGAAAACUUCAAGAAGCCAGCCGACUCUCCAGAUUCCGCUUUGGCGGGACACAGUGAUACCAGUUCCCUGCCUGCCGAGAUCAUAGAGAUAGACGCCAGUCAAGUGGCCGCCAAGCUUAGCAAGGAGCUGCUCCCUGAUCAGCAUGCUCUCUAUCUCAUUGAUAAGACGGAAACCAGUGUGAAUACUUCCAGGGAAAAGUUUAUGCCAUUUCGCACCACCAGGUCCAAUGUCCACGAUCCCGACAAGGAGCGGGUGCGCAAGAAGGGCAAGCACUGGGAGAUAACAGCAGCCACUCCGCCACUUAUCCAGCACAAGGAGGUGCAACUAGUGCCGCUGGCCGAGUCCGCCACCCUGCAAAUGGAUUACAUGCAAAGAGUUAAGGAGGUGCGCAUUCAGCAGGCUGAACAGCGGCUGGCCAGGCAAAAGGAGUCCAGACUGGCAGCAGGACUGAGCCUUCCCGAGGAAUCUAUUCUAAAAACCAAAGCAGCUUUCCUCAACUACCGAGAUCCCCAAGCCAGCUUUCUAAUCGAAGGCAGGCAAAAAGCCAGCGAGGCGAAUGAAGUGCACGAUCCCACAAUUCAAGAUAGAGGAACAGCCACCAGUGGCAUUCACUACACUGUUUUCGAGUAACUAUUUAGUAGAGCAUGCGAUACAAUCCCAU